CAACUCCGACGGAGACGGACAUUGAGAGUUGCUCCGUCUCCGUUCGGCGACCGCCAUCAACGCCCCUUUGAUUGGUCAAAAACGCCCACCAUGACUUACACGAGUUCAGGAGAACCGUCAUGAAGCCAUAACUUUGAUGAAGGCUUACGUUGCGAGCUGGUCCCUGGAGAGACCAGUGUUUCGUGUCACGAUUGAGUGCCCUUCCCCCCCUUUCUGUCUUUCCCAUAUCCCGUGAACUAGCUGCUUCAUCGCUAGAUUUCUCUCAUGACUAUCUGUAAAGAUGCAACCGGACUUUGAGCAAAGAAGCAAGGGGCCUCGGGCCUGUACCACCUGCGCCAAGGCAAAGGCAAGAUGUAUCUCGGGGCCAGAAGGGAGCAACAAGUGUGAGCGAUGCCACCGGCUCCGGAAGCCCUGCGGCUCCCAGACCCCUGCGCCGCCGAGGCCGAAAAGGGAUCCCAGGCCGACAAAGGUGUCGGAGCUCGAGAAGAGGUUGGACGAGUUGACGACGCAGCUGAGCACGACCCAAGGCAGCGCUGGUGUCAGUGCCAGUGCCGGCGCCGCCGUCGCCAACGGCACCGUCGUAGGCAGCGCCAACUCCCCGCUGCCGCCGAGCAACAGCAUCAAGCCGGCGUCGGCGAGGAUCCCGAUCAACUGCGAUCACCUUUUCCCUCCGGCGGAGGUGCUCAUGGGCGACGCAACCGGGGCCGGGGCGUCCGACACAUCGCCGGCGCCGAGCGCGUCGACGGCGGAUGACCACCACACCGUCAGCAGUCACGGCGUGAGCCAGCCCGACGUCCCCGGCGAGUCGCCGUGGCCGCUGAACAACGAGCAGAGCAUCUUGUUGCAGACUUUCGUGGAUGAUCUGCAGCCGCUGUACCCGUUCGUGGUGGUGCCGCCCAACAUGGGCCCGGCGCAGCUGGCUGCCGAGAGGCCAUACCUGUGGAAGGGGAUCCAGAUGACGGCACGCCACCUGGACGCGACGAAGCAGGUGACGCUGGGGAACGAGCUGCUGCAGGACAUCGUGCAGGCGGCGUUUACGAAGCCCAGGAGGAAUUUGGAUGUGCUCCAGGGGCUUCAGCUUCUGAUUGCAUGGUUCCACUACAACAUCAACAGUUAUCAGCUCACGAACCUCCUGUUUCUGGCGAGGUCCAUGUGCGUCAGCCUGGGCUUCAAAGAGAACCCGAUCCAGUUCAAGGAGCGUGGGAAAGGGGGCGCCUGCAGCAUCAGCGUACAGAACUCCGAUGCAGAUUCCAAGACGAAGGUGCAGACGAAGGAACAGAUCUCGGCGCGGCUCGAACUGAUGAGGGCAUUUGCCGGUUGUUACUACCUCAACACGCUCGUUUUCACAACGAACAAGCGGCCGGACGCUUUCAUGAAUGCUACGCACCUCGAGUCGUGCUGCCGCCAGAUCGAAGAGGUCGCCGAGUACCCGAGCGACGUGCUCCUGGUGCAGCUGUUCAAGAUCCAGCAGCUCGCGCAGACCAUCUCCCUGACGCUCGGGGCCGAGAGCACGAGCUUCCAGUCGUUGCAGCUGCCGCUGACCAUGGUCGUCCAGUCGUUCCAGCAGCAGCUCGACAUCUUCAAGACGUCUAUCCCGGACCACCUCAAAAACAACCUCGGCCUCCUCACCCACGUCGGCAUCGCCGAGGUCCUCCUCUACGAGAUUGGCAUCCCCGAGAGCCAGGGUCCCGCAUCCUUCAUCUCGCUGACGGAGCGCCUCGAGCUGCUCUGGGGUUGCUGCAGCGCCGCCAAGACGUUCCUCGACCUGCGCUUCCCGCGCAACAACAGCAGGAGCGUCCAGCCGCGCUUCACGUGCCUCAGCUCGUCCGACUUCCUCUACGUCUUCAUCGUGUCCCUGAAGCUCAUGACGCUCGAGGUGCCCGGCUGGGAUCUGCCGCUGGUCCGGAAGCACCUGGACCUCGCAGGGGUGGUGGAGAGCCAGGUCGAGCAUCUGGAUGUCUUUGUGGCGCACAGGAGCGGGCGUUUCAGGGGCGCCACCACCGCCGCCGCUACAACUACAUCGACGGGGACUGGGGGUGGGACUGGAACAUCACCGGCCGCCUCGCCGACGGAUGUCCCCGGCCCGAACGUCGUCGACCCGUUCCUGCGGCUAACGGAGAUGCUGCGGUACUUCAAGGAACUACUCAAGGGCGAGCUGAGCGGUUUCCGGUCGCAGCCCGUCAUCCAGGAGCCGAUCCAGCUGCCGGCGAACCUGUCGGACGGCACGCAGGCCAUGAUCCGGGACCUGGACGCCAACUUCUGGAGUAGCGUCCUGGGCGAGGAGGACGCCGAGGCGUGGGACUUCGGGCCCAUGUUUCCCACCAUGGACUGGACUGCCACUUGACGGCCGAGAUUACCGUACGGAAGGGGAGCUGGCGAACAUUGAACCAUGACACGCCAACGGAAAACUGGACGAUGUACACGAACAUUAUGAUUGAAUGACACACAAAAUGGCGAACUCCACUCAUGGAGGAGGAACAGUGAUUUUCACUAUCUGAUCUCGCAAUGGCCUGCGAGGACGGGAAAUCAGGCAGGGAAUGGCAUGCUCUGUGUGGACUGCUGCUGAAUGUUCAGGAGCGUUGAGUUGAUGUCCGCUAACAGACAGGGCCACGCCUCUUCUAAUAAGAAAAGAAAACAAAAGACGAAAACCAUUUGUAGCACCAAAGGGCAGGAGCGUGUGUUUUCUGUUUUGAAAAGGCACACACGUAUACCUAGACCUCGGACAAAUUGAAGAAGAAAUGUAUUUGUAGAACGAC